AUGAACAAAGAAGACGCACCGUGUUGUCGCCCAGCCUCCCUUAAGUUUACUAUUGACCAUAUCCUUAACCUGAAUUGCGUCUCGGCAAAGUUUGACAGCUGUCAGUCAAAAGUGCAGAGUGUACCCGUCUGCGGGAAAGACUUUCCUCCUCGUGCUCUGGACCGUCGCGAGGAAGACUUUCGGAGCACAGAGAUCAACGAGACAGGAGAGACUUGCACAGAGGGACAUGCAACGACGGCUGCCUACGAGAGGGAUAUGGACGUGGUGAAAAGCCUGGACUCAAGAUGUGAGAAUGCGGACAGUUGCGAUGAUGGCAGCAGCGUGCACCACAAGGGGACCAGUAAAAAGAACAAAGUUCUGGCCAAAAAGAAAACACGCACGAUUUUUUCAAAGAGACAGAUUUUCCAGUUGGAAUCUACCUUUGAUAUGAAACGUUACCUAAGCAGCGCCGAGCGGGCAUGCCUUGCCAAUUCGCUGCAGUUGACAGAAACUCAAGUAAAAAUAUGGUUCCAGAAUCGCCGGAAUAAAUUAAAAAGGCAAAUUUCCACAGACCUUGAAGGACCUACUGUGGACUUCAGUGAUGCCGGGAAAUCAGUAUCGCUUCCCACAUUCUACAAAGACAAUCAUAUACUUGGAAGAUGCUUGCUACCAAUGCCUCUGCCCAUCAUGUAUCCUGGAGGUAGCACGCCUUACUUGUGUUUUUCGAAUGCUACCAAAUAUUUUAGCAUUUUUGAUGGGGACGUAUGA